AUGGGGAUGAAACCUCCUCCAGAUGCUGACACGAUGGCCCAGACCCCAGGGCUCCUCUCCUAUGGACUCCCAACCCACGUGCAUCCCUUGGGAAACAAGCUGAAUGCCUUCAAGCUGCAGAUGAACUCCAUGAACCUGCCCCCAGACAAGAUGCAGCUGCUCAACCAGUACGACAAUGAGAAGAAGUGGGAGCUCAUCUGUGACCAGGAGCGUUUCCAGGUGAAAAACCCACCGUCCGCCUACAUACAGAAGCUGAAGAGCUACUUGGACACGGGUGGCGUAAGCAGGAAGUUCAAGAGGCGAGUGCAGGAGUCGACGCAGGUGCUCCGGGAGCUGGAGAUUUCCUUGAGGACCAACUACAUUGGCUGGGUCCAGGAGUUCCUCAACGAGGAGAACAAGGGGCUGGACGUGCUGUUGGAGUAUCUCGCCUUCGCCCAGUGCUCUGUCACGUAUGACAUGGAGAGCACGGAGAACGGCAGCCCAGGCUCUGACAAGGGCAAGGGCCUGGAACGGUCGCUGGAGGACCUGAGCAAAAGCAACUCCUCAUCCCCCACCCAGGGCUCCUCCAAAGUGCGGCACCUCACCAUCAGGCUGAACCCCUCGCACAGCAGGAAGGCGCUGAGGAACUCCCGCCUUGUCAGCCAGAAGGACGACGUCCACGUCUGCAUCAUGUGUCUCCGCGCCAUCAUGAACUACCAGUCUGGCUUCAGCCUGGUGAUGAACCACCCAGCCUGCGUCAACGAGAUCACCCUGAGCCUCAACAACAAGAACGCCAGGACCAAGGCACUGGUGCUGGAGCUGCUGGCUGCCGUCUGCCUGGUCCGAGGUGGCCACGACAUCAUCCUGGCUGCCUUCGACAACUUCAAGGAGGUCUGCGGGGAGAAGAACCGCUUCGAGAAGCUGAUGGAGUAUUUCCGAAAUGAGGACACCAACAUUGACUUCAUGGUGGCCUGCAUGCAGUUCAUCAACAUUGUGGUGCACUCUGUGGAGAACAUGAACUUCCGCGUCUUCCUGCAGUAUGAGUUCACCCACCUGGGGCUGGACCACUACCUGGAGACCCUCCGUCUCACCGAGAGCGACAAGCUGCAGGUGCAGAUCCAAGCCUACCUGGACAAUGUUUUUGAUGUGGGGGCCAUGCUGGAGGACUCAGAGACCAAGACAGCCGUGCUAGAGCACAUGGAGGAGCUGCAGGAGCACGUCAGCCAGUUGACGGAGAAGCUGCAGGAUGCGGAGAACGACUCCAUGGCCAAGAUAGCGGAGCUGGAGAAGCAGCUGAGCCAGGCGCGGCGGGAGCUGGAGGCGCUGCGGGAGCAGCUGAGCCCACCGCAGCCCCCCAGCCCCCCGUCCCCGCAGCCCAGGACUGCUUACCGGCUAGCACCGGAGCGGCGGGGGGGGGGGGGGGGGGCGGGAGGGGGGGGGUUGAAGGUGAAGAAGCCAAUCCAAACCAAGUUCCGCAUGCCCGUCUUCAACUGGGUGGCACUGAAGCCGAGCCAGAUCGAUGGCACCGUCUUCACUGAGCUGAAUGACGAGAAGGUGCUGCAGGAGCUGGACAUGAGUGACUUCGAGGAGCAGUUCAAGACCAAGGCACAGGGCCCUGGGUUGGACAUCAGUGCCCUCAAGGUGAAGGCCACGCAGAAGGCUCCUAGCAAGGUAACCCUCAUGGAGUCCAACCGAGCCAAGAACCUGGCCAUCACCCUCCGCAAGGGUGGCCGCAGCAUCCAGGACAUCUGCACAGCCAUUGAGACGUAUGACCAGCAAGCCCUGAGCCUUGACUUUCUGGAGCUGCUGCUGCGCUUCCUGCCCACCGAGGGCGCCCCCCAUGCUGCUGGUGGUUCAGUGAAGGUGAAGAAGCCAAUCCAAACCAAGUUCCGCAUGCCCGUCUUCAACUGGGUGGCACUGAAGCCGAGCCAGAUCGAUGGCACCGUCUUCACUGAGCUGAAUGACGAGAAGGUGCUGCAGGAGCUGGACAUGAGUGACUUCGAGGAGCAGUUCAAGACCAAGGCACAGGGCCCUGGGUUGGACAUCAGUGCCCUCAAGGUGAAGGCCACGCAGAAGGCUCCUAGCAAGGUAACCCUCAUGGAGUCCAACCGAGCCAAGAACCUGGCCAUCACCCUCCGCAAGGGUGGCCGCAGCAUCCAGGACAUCUGCACAGCCAUUGAGACGUAUGACCAGCAAGCCCUGAGCCUUGACUUUCUGGAGCUGCUGCUGCGCUUCCUGCCCACCGAGUACGAGCAGACACUCAUUGGGAAGUUUGAGCGGGAGCAGCAGCGGCUGGAGGAGCUCUCGGACGAGGACCAGUUCAUGAUCCGCUUCAGCAAGAUCCCGCGCCUGGCCGAGCGCAUGAACGUCAUGAUCUUCCUGGGCAACUUCAGCGACACAGCCCAGCUGCUCAUGCCGCAACUCAAUGCCAUCAUCGCCGCCUCCAUGUCCCUCAAGUCCUCCAGCAAACUGCGCAACAUCCUUGAGAUCGUCCUGGCCUUCGGGAACUACAUGAACAGCAGCAAGCGCGGGGCAGCCUAUGGCUUCCGGCUGCAGAGCCUCGACGCGCUCUUGGAGAUGAAGUCGACAGAUCGCAAGCAAACGCUGCUGCAUUACCUGGUGCGGGUGAUCACGGAGAAGUACCCCGAGCUGACCGGCUUCCACACCGAGCUGCACUUCCUCGAGAAGGCAGGCACAGUCUCCCUGGACAGCGUGUUGCAGGACGUGCGGAGCCUGCAGCAGGGGAUGGAGCUGACCCGCAAGGAGUUCAUGCGCCAGGACGACAGCCCCGUGCUCAAGGACUUCCUCAAGGUCAACUUGGAGGUGAUGGAGAAGCUGCAGGCUGACAGCAAAACCGCCAAGGAGGCGUAUGAGUCGGCUGUGGAGUAUUUUGGGGAGAACCCCAAGACCAGUCCUCCCACCACCUUCUUCCCCAUGUUCAUGCGCUUCAUCAGAGCCUACAAGAAAGCAGAGCAGGACAUUGAGCUGUGGAAGAAACAAGAAGCCGCAGCCAAAGAGGCAGAAUCCGGCCCCCCCGGCAGCAAGGAUCAGCCCGAGUUGCCCAUCCAGAAAGCCAAGCGGCAGCAGAUGGACAUGAUUGCCGAGCUGAAGAAAAAGCAGAUGGUGAAGGAGCCGCUCAUCUACGAAGGAAAAGAUGGGGCCAUCGAGGAUAUUAUUUCAGAUCUGCGGAACAACCCUUACCGGCGUGCAGACAAGGGCCGCAGCAGUGCCAAGAAACGGGCUGCAGGGCAGAGCUUGCAGGCGACGCCGGACAUCUCGCUGUGACCGGCGCCGUCCCUGCAGCUGCCAGGACCGGGGCAGGACCAUCCUCCCGAGGCAGAUGGGACUGCAGGACAUCAACCUGCCAGCCUGGGACGAGACGAAGUGGAGGGACAGUGCCCGCUCCCCGCUGCUCCAGCCACUUAGUGUGCCAGCUCCCACCCUGCACGCCCACGGGUCCGGCACGGGGAUCCCCUGGUGCUUGCUUAGCAUUGCCUCUGAACUCCUCUCCUCCAGGCUGGCAGGGCUGGGGGACCCUCCUGGGUAUGGGCAGGGAGUAGAGGGCACAGCGAGGGCCCCAACUUGGCUUGGAAGGAAAAGAGGGGCUGCCCCAUCUCUGCCCCCGAGCUGCUCCAUUGCACGCCCGUCUCAGGGUCAGCCCUGCACGCUGGUGUGCCCCACUCUUCAGCUUGCUGGUGCCUUUGAUUUCCCACUGCAGGAGGGGAGGAGUUUGUAAGGCAGGGACACAGCCAUCCCCGCACAUCUCCCCCUUCUCCCCCGGCCCUUUGAGUCCCGUGUUCGCCUCCGCUGCGGAGCCGAGCAGGCACGGGCUGCGCCUCCUCUCCAGCGAGGAGCCUGCUGCAAAGAUCCCACCCUGGGCACUUCCCGUACCCCAGGAGCUGGCAGGGGUGCUAUUUUACAGUGAUUUUUACUUGUCUUCCUUAAAAUUUAUCUGUGCUAAGGGAGCAGGGACUGGAACACCCGAACACAGGAUCUCACCAGGAUCCUAAGGCUCGGGUGAGUCUGUUCCUCACUGUAGGGCAGGCUCCGUAGCUAUGACCAGCAGCAGGGCCCCGGCUUUGCCAUCCUCCGGUCUCUGCAAGGUGGGAUCUAGCUCUGCCCCCCUGCAUCCCUGGCAUCCGCCACCUCUUGGAGCCAACGGUGACCGUCAGCCCUCGGGGAGCACGAGGCCGCUCCCCGUUAGCCAGCGUUGCAGGACGCGCCGUGCAGUAGGUGCCAGGUGGCUCCAGCCCCCGCCACAACCACCACCAUCCCAAAAUGUUGCAGGGUCGCUGUUGAAAUCAUGCAGGAGAGAGGCCGGAGAGCUGCGCUGGCCUCCAAAUAAUGCACUGGACUCGAUUCCUCCCCUGCCCUGCUGCUGCUGCUGCCGAGUAAAUCCGAACCAUGCACUGUCGCAAUUAACCUGUUAAUGCAUUUACUUCAUUAAACGGCCCCUGCUCGCCCUGCUGCGAGGACGCGCGGCUGCCGUGUACAUUCUCACUAGCCCCAGCUUUUAGACCAGGGUAAGUCCUCGCUGUAAGCCAGAGCAGCGACUGCUUCCUGCUGUAAUUACGAUGCUAAGCGCCAAGGGGCUCAGUAUCACACGCAAGCUCAAAGGGGAGGGGAAGGGAAAUGAAUGUGUAACUUAUAAAUGCCUUUAAGCCAGAAAUGUAAAACAUUAACUGCUAAUUUGUAUACAUUAUUUUUAUAUACA